GGGACCCAAAUGGUGAAAGAUGUGUGUAGGUUGAGUAAAAGGGGAUGGCUACUGAUAAAAAAAAAUAUCGUUUCAAUAACAAUGCGGGCUUUGGAGCGUUUAAGGCGUUGAAUUUAGAGUAUGGUCCUGUGCGCCUAUAGUACGCAUGUAGCUCUCUUAUUGAAUGCAACAAAUUAAGUCGUGAUCAGUUAUUUUAUAAGCUAGUCGGUAUAAUAGUUUUUACGCAGCUUAAUUUAUAUAUGCAUGUAUGUGUGUACGUAUACAUUAAUAUAUUGGUUUUAAAGUAUCGUUGUGCAUCGCAGCUGCAUCCAUUCAAUGUAAUUGUGUAAUUUAGAGUCCGCACGUCGGCAAGUAUGUUACACCGAUGAUCAAGUCGACUUCUCAGUAGUUACAUGAAGAACAAGCAACGAAAGUAAUCAAGAAAAAAUAAUAUGUUACUGUAAUUUAAAAUAAGACAAGCAAACUAAGGAGCAUACGGGCUAAGAUGACUAUGCCUGUCCCGGAGAGGAACUCGGGCUCUGGGGUAAAGGAGGAGGAAAGUGAAGAUGAGAGCGAGAUCCUGGAGGAGAGCCCCUGCGGCCGCUGGCAGAAGCGGAGGGAGCAGGUGAGUCAGGGCAAUGUUCCGGGUAUUGAGACUGCCUCCUUGGCCAUGGACACAGAAGAGGGAGUGGAAGUGGUAUGGAAUGAAGUACAGUUUUCUGACAAGAAGGUCUUCAAGACACUGGAGGACAAAAUCAAGGAGAUGUUUGAGAAUCUGAUGCAGGUGGAACACCCCAACAUCGUCAAGUUCCACAAGUACUGGCUAGACAUGAGGGAAGGUCGAGCAAGGGUGAUCUUCAUCACAGAAUACAUGUCAUCUGGCAGCCUGAAGCAGUUUUUGAAAAAGACGAAGAAAAACCACAAAACUAUGAACGUCAAGGCAUGGAAACGAUGGUGCACCCAGAUCCUCUCGGCCCUUAGUUACCUGCAUUCCUGUGAUCCUCCCAUAAUCCAUGGCAACCUGACCUGUGACAACAUCUUUAUCCAACACAAUGGACUCAUUAAAAUUGGCUCAGUGUGGCACCGACUGUUCGUCAAUGUCUUCCCAGAAGCGGUACACGGCAACGUGCAGCACCACCGGAAUGACAAGCGGACCAUGCACUUUUUUGCUCCGGAAUAUGGCUUGACUGAAGAUGACCCUGCUAUUGACAUUUUUUCCUUCGGGAUAUGCGCCCUGGAGAUGGCUGUCUUGGAAAUCCAAGCCAAUGGAGACACUGUAGUGUCUAGUGAGGCCAUAGUACAUGCAGGACAGUCUCUUGAGGACCCACUCAUGAGGGAGUUCAUCCAGUCAUGUGUGCGCUCUGUGGCUAACCUGAGACCCACAGCGCACAACCUGCUCUUCCACCGUGUACUGUUUGAGGUCCACUCUCUCAAACUGCUGGCUGCCCAUUGUUUCAUCAACAACCAGUACCUUCUUCCUGAGAAUUGUGUGGAGGAGAAAACCAAGUCAAUUGACCCGAGUGGCAUCAUGGCUGAAAUCAAGCACCGUGGCCGUCCGGGAGUGCAACUCAAGUACUCUCACGUUUCCCCUCUGGAGCUUGACAAAUUCCUGGAGGAUGUGAAGAAUGGGAUCUACCCCCUGAUGAAUUUUGCCUCUCAGAGACCCCAUCCAGUUCCACGGGCUCUCUCACUAACCCAGGAGCACAUGGAGACAGGAGUAAAGACCCCCACCCCAGAGCCACAGGAAAUGGAGACCCGAAAAGUUGUCCAGGUUCACUGUAAUCUGGAGUCCAUUGAUGAAGGGACCAGAUCUCAUCUCUCGAUCUUCCUAAAGAUGGACGACAAGCUUCACCGACACAUUAGCUGUGACGUUCUGCCCACUGACAGCCCAAAGGACCUGGCCAAUGAGCUUGUACACUAUGCCUUUAUCUGUGAGGAGGACUGUGAGAGACUGACAGGAUUUCUACAAGAAGCCUGGACCAAACACUGGUCUUCAGAUCGGGGCUCUUCUGGCACAACAGCAGCAGCAAACUGAGCUGUGUGAGGAGCGUGUGUGAACCAUCUACAGAAGCUGUGAUGGACUUGCUACGUUGCUCAGAGUUGAGGAUAAGAUGCUGUGAGAGACACUGGGGAAGCACUGGUGGUGGAAAGAGUGGAUGGAGUCUUAGCCCAAGUCCAGCAUAGGCUACACCAGAGAGGGAAGAGCUUUCAGAGUCUCCUUCUGCCAUUUGAAAUCCUUACUUCCAGUAAGUGAACUGAGCAUCCCUCACAAUGCAGCAAGAUGGACAAGGUCUCCCUCAUUUUUUUUAAAAAUAUAAUUUUUUAAUUGAGAUAUGUGACCCAUUUUCUGUUUUUCCUGAAGAACGUGUUACGAGUGGAAAGAUUAUAGAGGUGCUUGAGCAUGUAUAAAUUUACAUGAGACACUCUUGUGCAAAGCUACAUGCAAGUAGAGCACGGUCAUCCCUGGGGCAGGUGGGGUUAGGGGCCUUGAUUAAGGGCCCCAUGGUGACGUGAUUACUCUGCCAGUCAGGGGAUUUGAACCCACAACAUUCCAGAAAUGGGGGUUGAGGCCAGACUUGUUAAGCUACACCCCACACCUUCACCUAGAGAUUUUCUUUCCUAUAUUUCUGGCUGUGAAUUCCAGAAGGUCCAUCACAUUGUCUUAAUUUGUAAUUGAAAAAUUAAUUUGUGAAAACAAACAGCAGGCGACUUAAAGUCACCGGUCACACCUUAACUGGUCACUAAAGAAUGUAUAAUUUUCUGAUGCUCUUGCGGAUGCUGUCUCUACAUUUUAAGUUUAAGUAUCAAAAUAGGGAACUGGCAUUUUUAUUUUUAUUAACUGACUUAAAUCGUAUGGACCCACAGAUGUUUGUAUUCAAAUAAUAAUAUGGAACAAUCUUAAUAUAUUUGUGCAUGAAUCAUUAUGAAUAUGAUAUGAACAAUAUUAAUCAUGAGGGCAGCGCUGUGGGCUCACAGAGUUGUUCCUCCUCUCUGCGAAUGGAGUUUGCAUGUUAUCACAUGUUCCCCUAUUGCGUGGGUUUCCUUCCACAGUCUAAAGACAUGCACUUAGGCUGAUUUGUGUCUCUAAAUUGCCCAUAGAGCAUGAUUUUGUGUGUAUGUGCCCUUUGAUAAACUGGCAUACCAUCCAGGGUAUACCCCAGCCCCAGAAUAGUCAGUCAGAUGGAUACAUGCACAGCAUUUCCCUUUUAGCACCCAAAAAGUUUUUGAAUUUUUUUUUCAUGAGAAUAUAAAUAGAGCAUUACUUCCUACAAGCAUUUACUACAUGGCGCUGGAGAUUAUGUGAUGCUACAUAUUAUGCAUUUUACUAAAAGCGUCUUUGACUAUAGGAUGUAGAAGCACUCUAUCCCUUUUGUUUAAUAGUAAACCUGAGCAUAAAAGCUAUGGAUUCCUUGAAUUGAUACUUUUGAGUAAUACCAACAUUCCAGGACCUAAAGGACACAGCUACAGCUGAGGCGGGAUCCUGAAUGAUCCGGGAAUCAUCUUUACAGCCCUCAUACUGUAUAUAACGACAUAAACAUGUGGAAAAAUAUGAGAAAACAAGUUUUACAUUUUGAGAAAAUAACAUAAUAGCUGUUCAUAAGUUAGCAGAACUGCCAACCAGUUAGAAAAUAGGUGAUUGUAACAUGGCUAUGAAGGAAAUAGCAGGAUGGUUGCCUUUUUGAUUUUGUCUUAAGCAAACUGAAUACUAAUAUUGCAGUCAGGGCUGAUGUAUGACAGGCUGAGAAUGAGUGUCUUACAACAUUCAGUCAUCACUCUUUUUGUGACCUACCAAUACAUUGGGAGACAAAGCCUAAUGCUAACCAGACGCUGCACUGACAUUUCCAUCUGCAUGUUACUGGUUUGCUGUCUUGGCUCCCUGCACUGCUGGCUGCCUUGGGUUUGCAUAAUGUGGCAAAUACUUCAGAUGGUGGCAUAUUGUCAGCUACAGAAACACGUGUUUGUAUUCCACCGACCCUUUAAAAUGCCUUAGACAUCUAAUAUGGUACAUAGUUGAUAAAGAAAGGGAAUGUAUGAGACAGGAAGAACUAUACAUUUAUAUUGCCUGAUUACUGCUUGUCCUCGUGUAAGAUAUUGUACAGUGUCAGAGGUAUUUAUUAUUAAUAAUGAUAAUGAUAAUCAAUAAAAGAUAACAUGGGGCUUUUGGCA